UGUUGAAGGAGACAUAGUGGUCAGCCCCUUCACUAUUGUUUAGCUAAUAAAUAAGUGUUUGAGAAGCUAGCAUCAUGGAAUAUUUGUUCACAAAUUAUACAGCUACUUUCCCAAUGGAAUCGAUGUGUACCUUGAUAAUGUUGGCGGUAAAAUGCUUGAGGCAGUUCUCAACCAUGUCAACAAGAAUGCAAAGAUCCCUCUUUGUGGCAUGAUAUCUGGCUACAAUAAGGUUUGGACUGAGAGAGAGGGGGUGAGAAAUCUGCUGAAUUUGAUCGGCAAGGAGGUGAAUAUGCAAGGGUUCAUGGUGUUCAUACUUGCAUCGUUUUGGGGAUUUUGCAAAGGAGAUGGAGAGCCACCUAAAGCAAGGCAAGAUUGGUUCUAAGCUCAAGAUCUUCCAUGGAAUUGAAACAUUCUUGGAGAGCUUA